UCGGCAUUCGGCUUUGAUAUUCGAAUUUUGUCAUAACUCAUAAGGUUCGUAUUAGAAACAUUUCAUCCGGCAUUAACAAUAAAACGUUCAGACUUCAGUUGCGUGGAAGCUCUUCGAUUUAACACAAGCACAAUGACGUCUCUCGUACAAUACGUUCUGGUGCGAGGCGAUUUGACCCGAUCGUUGAAGUGGCCGUCCGGAGCUGUGAUAGCCCAAGCUUGUCACGCUUGUGUGGCCGUCACGCAUACCUACUACUCAGAUCUGGAUACACAAGAGUAUUUGCGUGCCCUGAACAACAUGCACAAAGUCGUUUUAGAAGUACCUGAUGAACCGGCACUGCUGAGCGUGGCCGAGGCGUUGAGAAAAGACGGCGUGCAUCACGUGGUGUGGAAGGAACAGCCCGAAGACGUGGCCACGUGCGUGGCUAUCAAACCCAGUGCCAAGGCUGCAGUGAGCAAGUACGUGAGGAAGUUCAAGCUGUACGGAGCUUGACGGCGACCUGAGGCGGCAAUGAGCAGUGAGGGAGGGUGACGUGGGCGCGGGUAUAGUGACCGUUCCCGGAACUAUCAACGCCCCCGACGGGGAUCAACGGCCACCGUCAAUUGACAUCAAUCACUUAAUUGGCCGUCGCCGCGCGGAAUUCAAUAAUAAACUUGAACAUAUCUUGUACAA